GAGGACUGGGAGCCAGGACUCCUGGGUUUUCUCCACCGAUUGGGAGUUUCUAAGAGCUCCUGUCCCCCAGACUCUCCCCGGGACCCCCUUUGAGAUUCGAGGUUCCUACUUCAGGGCAGGGUUGCUCAUUCCCAGGCUCCCUCUGUGACCCCUACAUUCUCCUUCUCUCUCUCCUACCUGCUGGCUUGUCUUGGGGUCACCCCCAGCCCAGGGCGGCCAAGUGCCCCCCCAUUCCUACUCGACCCAGUCCCGACAAUGACCCUGUUGGCCUCCGAGCGCUCCAUGCUCAUCCGCAGCAAGUUCCGAUCCGCCGUGCAGCUGAGGAUGCAGCAUCGCAGAACCCAGGAGCAGCAUCUCCUGACCCCUCUGACCAAGCCACCCCCAACCUAUCUGGAGGCGAACGGGACCCCAGAACAGAGCCGGGCCGACGAGACCCUGAAGGGGAAGGUCCAGAGGAGAACUCACAAAGUGGGGGCUACCAAGGGCCAGUUCACAGAAGAGUCUGGGGGGGACCCCUCGGAGCGGAAGGAGAAGAAGACGCGUCUGGCCGAGGAUCUGAAAGAGAAACUCCUGCAACGGCCGGGGCCGCUGGAAUUAGUGACGAAAAACAUCCUCUCCCUGGACGCCAGCCUUAAAGAUGCCGCCAAGGGUACGGGAGGCGCAGGGUACCCUGGGGUCUCUCCGGGGUGUGGGGCCUAG